AUGUCUUCCACCGCUACCACUACUAUCGCAAACACGAAUGAAUCGAUCCAAUUGAGACACAUUUAUCACUACAACAACAACAAUCAAAUGGAAGAGGAGAGCUCUGUACCUUCCUCUGCGUUCAAGGACCCUCUAUUACUGAAGCCCAAGAUACAAACGGACCAUUACAUCAAGAAGGAUCUCAAGGGCCAGAAGAAACUGCAAGCAUUCUACAGAAAUCAGAAUGAGAUGAUUGAGGCCAUGUUGAGCGCCUUGGAUCCAGCGACUGAUGUAGAAGAACAAGAAAAGCAGUUGCUCAAACUGAAAAUAGCCAUUUAUGGUUCUGUAGUGGCAAAUAUCAUUCUGUUUGCUUUGCAAUUGGCUGCUGCAGUGACCUCAGGCUCGCUGUCCAUCUUUUCUACCAUGGCAGACGCUUUCAUGGACUUGCUCAGCUCCAUCGUAUUGAUGUGGACAGCUAGAUUGGCUGCUAAAUCCAACCUGACAAAGUACCCUGCCGGAAAAUCCCGGUUGGAAACCACUGGCAUCAUUAUAUUUUCUUGUUUGAUGUCGUGUGUGGCUCUAUUUUUGAUUAUUGAAUCAGCUCAAAAGCUUGCUGAUCAGAGCCAUUCACCUGAUCUAACUAUACUUGCUAUUGCCUUUGUAGCAUCCGCACUGGCUGUCAAACUAUUCUUGUACAUUUACUGCAAAUCUUUGUCUCAAUUCAACUCUGCAAAGAUCCUAGCUCAGGACCAUCGCAAUGACCUACUUGUCAAUGGAUUGGGCUUAACAACAGGCAUUGUGGGUAGUCGUAUCGCUAGUUGGGUUGAUCCUGUAGGUUCUAUCGUCAUUGCGCUUAUCAUUCUCUAUAGUUGGACAUGCACCUUGCUGGAGCACAUCCCCUUAGUCGUAGGCAAGAGCGCCAGUCCAGAGUUUUUGAAUUUGAUCACUUACAUUGCAUUAACGCAUCCUCAAGUUACACACGUUGAUACAUGUCGUGCCUAUUUUGCCGGAACAAACUUGUUUGUUGAAGUGGAUAUAGUUUUGCCUGCCACCAUGGAACUUCGUGAAUCGCAUGACAUUGGAGAAGAUUUACAGAUCAAGCUUGAGUCAUUGCCCGAUGUUGAAAGAGCUUUUGUUCAUGUGGAUUAUGACAUUUUUCACAAGCCAGAGGCAAGUGCAUACAUUUAA